GAAAGACUUACGUGGGUUUUUAGAGUAAAAAAGAGGUUAAAGGGUAAACAAAUUGACUGACUGUGUCUGUCCUGCGUCUUAGUCACAAAUUUCCGCACUGUUUCCUCUCUUGUUUGUUGCUUACAUGUCAUUUGAAGUUCUUGAUAACAUUGGAUUUACAUGUGCUAUAUCUGGAUGUAAUUCUGAAGAUCAGACCAAUUCUCCCUAAUUUACUUUUCUGAUGGAUUCAGACUCUCAAAGAAUAUUCCAGCAAGUGCCACUGUCCAUUGCCCAUGACCAUGUGGAGGGUGAUUUAGUAGUUGACCAUUCUAUUCAGCCAGCCACAUGUACAGUGUGCAGAAGGAUCCUAGCACCUACCAAUGAAUCAAUUGAUGAUCUUGAAACUUUUAGCUUGUGUGGGGACUGUAAAUUUUUACUUCUUGAAGAUGUUGGGAUGGUUACACAAGACUCUCAUCAGAGGCUACCACCUAGAAGAAGAAGUACAAGGUAUAGUAGUACUGAGUCAAUUGAAACUCUUUUCUUACAGAUGAUUAAUUCGGCAAGACAAAACCAAUCCCCCAUCUCUGGGCAUCAGGAUCAAUUUUUAGAUGGUGGUACUACUACAAGGUCAUUUCGUCGUUCAAGUGCUCGUUCAACUCCAAGUGAUUCUAGAAGAUGGCGUCGGGUUCUAUCUGAUGGUUAUGAUAAUUUGGAUUCUCUUUACGGGGAUACUGAAUCAAAUGUAAGUUUUGGCUGCUAUAGAUUUUUUCAUGGUGAAAGUGAUGGCAUUUCUUUUAGCGCUUAUGGAGGUGAUUCUGAUGCAUCUUUGGACGGACAUAGUUUCCUGGAUACUGACAUGUUUAUUCAGCCAGAAGAUGGAAGCAUUUUUGGUAGUGACAUUGACAUUGAUCCAAUGCAUGCCGGUAUGAACCUGCAAUGGAACUCAGAUGACCCUGAAGAAGAAGAAGAAGAGGAAGAAGAGGAUGAUGAAGAGGAAGAAGAGGAUGAUGAAGGGGAAGAAGCUGAUGUUGAGGAAGAUACUGCUGAAUCUACUGUAGUCACAACUCAACUGAGAAACAUUUUCAAUUCAAGUCCUAGUGAAAGCAAUGGCUCUGUUAAUCGGCAUAGGCUGUUUCAGUCUCCCGAAUCUCAGGUUGUCUUUCAUUUGAGGAUUAGAGAAGCUAGACAAAGAUUAACCCGUAAUAUAUUUGGUAACUUAGGGGAAUCAGAAUUACAUCCAUACAUUGGGAAUUAUGGGGAUAAUCUUGACGCAAGAGGCUUUGACGAACUGCUUGAGCAUCUUGCUGAGACUGCCAACUCCAGAAGAGGAGCACCUCCUGCAGCCAUGUCUUUUGUAAAUAGUCUGCCUUGUGUGAUCAUUAAUGAGGAACACGUUAAGCAUGACAAUCUAGCCUGUGCAAUCUGCAAGGAUGUCAUACCUAUCAGCACUAAAGUAAUCCAGCUUCCUUGCCUUCACCUAUAUCAUCAGCCCUGUAUAGUGCCAUGGUUGAAUGCACGGAAUUCAUGCCCUCUUUGUCGGUACGAGCUUCCAACUGAUGAUAAGGAAUACAAGGAGGGGAAGCAGAACAUCAGCAGUAGAAUAGAGAUUCGUGAAAUGAGGCAGCAGGAUGCAAAUGAGGACAGUUCAUCUGAAGCAUCCAAUGAAGCUGAAGCUUUCGAAGUUUAUCAACUGGGUUCACAAUAUAUAGAUUCGAAUGUCUGUAACUCCAACAAUGAAAGCGGUAGGGGAAGAUGGUUUCUUUUUGCGGCUGCUCCGAUUGUCAGUCUUGCUGGUAUUGUUCUUGCACUGUGGUUGGGCAAUCCAAUGACUGCUGCCAGAAGACUGUCAGUGAAUCAGCCUCAAAUAAACGUUCCUGGGUCCGCCCCUGCAAAUCAAAGGGAGAACAGAAGCAGGAGAUGGUGGUCUCCCUUCUAAAAUAUUAACAGGAUGUAGUAGAUAUAAUACAAUAGGUGAUAACUUGUUUGAUUGCUGUUUAUAUUUGACAUCAUGUGCUUUUGGUCCUAAGAGAUUUCAAUUUUGUUGUUUUUUCAAUAAACUGUGCAAGGUGUUGUAUGCAAUUCCGUAGAGUAGUGUUAGUUUUUGGUUUAAUUAUAUGAAUCUCCUCUAUAAGAUGCCUAAUAUUAGGAAGAUCAACCUUUCUGGUAUAUCUUUUUAGGUCAAA